AUGGCGAUUAACAACGAAGCUAUUGACCUCUUGCGUGAUUUCCAAAAGGAAAACAUCAAGUUUACCAAUGCAAUUGAAUUUCGUGAUCCAGUGACUUUGCAAGUUGAAGGCAAGAUCCCUGAGUGGCUCAAUGGCAUUCUCUACCGUAUUGGUCCUGGCAAAUUUAACCUUGGCAACAAGGAUGGUAGCCAACAUGUCAUCCACCAUGCAUUUGAUGGCCUUGCUUUUGUUCAUCGAUUCGAGAUCAAGGGUGCUGAUAGCACAGUGCAAUACAAUUCUCGUAUGACCGCUGAAGGUGCUGAAGCUAGCACGUUGAAGAAUCCAUCGCAUCAAAUUUAUUAUGGACAUUUGCCUGAAAAACAACAUGAGCCCACCAUGGAUGCAACAUCUGGAGCUUCUCAACAAGGCACGCCUAACGUUAGCGGUGUCAUACAAGAUCCAUCUUCACGUAAUGUCAAUGUCACUGUCACUCCCAACUAUCCCCUUCCGGAGCAAUUUGGCAAGGAUGAAACGGAUCCCAUGGUCUUGGUUUCCAAAACCGAUAGCAAUAGAUUACAAUGUGUGCAUUCUGUUACAUUAGAACCCAAGCACUUGUUCAACUAUGCUGCCUAUGACGAGCGAUUCGAUGGUCAACUUUCUGCCUCUCAUCAUAAGGCGGAUGCUAAGACGGGUGAAACCUUCAACUUUACUCUUCAUUUGGGUCCUGAAAGCCACAUCACCGUGUUUAGCAUCAAGAAGGAUCACUCCACCACCGUAUUGGCUGAUAUCACCCAUCGAAAAUUACCUGGUGUGCCUGAAGCGGAACAAGAACGCAUCCAACCUCCUUACAUCCACGCCUUUUGGUUGACUGAAAACUAUGUCAUUUUGCCUGAAGCACCUUUGUACUUGACACGCGGUGGUAUGGACAUGCUGCUUUCCAAAUCGUUUGUGGGCGGUAUGGCAUGGCGUGAAGAGGGUCCUGGAUACUUGCAUGUGGUGCGUCGUGAUGGUGGCGGUCACGUGGUCACCUUGCCUGUGGAUCCUUACUUUAUCUUCCACACCAGCAAUGCAUGGGAUAGAAAGCUUCAAGACGGCACUUCCGUACUCGAUUUAGAUGCAUGUGCAUGGUACGAUGGCGAUAUUGUUCUGCAAACUAGCCAAUUGGGCCUCAUGCGAAAGAGCUCGACAUCAUCUCCACCUGUAUCCAAAAAGAUCAAUGGCUUAACCGUUCCACCUGGCAAAUUUGAAUUUGGCAACCUUGAGCGCUAUCAUCUCGAAUUCAACGAACAAGAUACCUCGAAUGCCACGGCUUCUCAUCGCAUGAUCACGCGCAAUAUCGAGUUCCCCCGUCACAACCCAUUGGAUGAUCUUCAACCCUACAAGUACUUGUGGGCUUGCCAGCUUGAGCAACCAACAUCUGUUACCGAUGGAGGACGUUUUAGCUUAGUGAAGGUGGAUGUUGAAACAGGCGAAACAAUCAAGUUGGAUCAUGAAAGGUGCAUGUUUACUGAGCCGGUCUUUGUUCCUCGUCCUGGUGCUAUCGAUCGUGAUGAUGGUGUCCUCCUCAGCUUUGCCAACAUUUCUCAACCCGAAAAGGAUACCGAUAGCUGCGCAUUGGUGAUUGUGGAUGCCAAGACCAUGGUUGAACUUGGUCGUUGCGAUAUUGGUCCAUUCAGCUGUCUCACUUUCCAUGGUUCUUUUGUCUCUGAUGUCCACUUUGAAACCUCUACCUUUAACUAG